AUGUGUCCUCAACUUGGCAUUACCGCUCAGGAACAUCCUCGGUUUAGGCGUCUCCAUUCGAAUUUUGGGUUAAUAACAUGCUUUACUUUAUCUAUUUGUUCUGCUGCCUACAUGUACAAAAUGUUGGAUGAGAUUAUUUCUGAUUUUGACGCGGAAGUCGAUGAUUUAGCCGAAAAUACUGAUGAGAAGCGAAGUCGACUGAACAGUUCCGAACUGAAAGCCGUUUUGGAUCAGCGUGGCGUCCUGUACUCAUCUUUGCUGGAACGUAGAGAUGUAGAGUUUGCAGUAAACUCAACAGGUCUCAUAACUUCAAGUGAGCUCAAAACUGCAGAAGCCAAACAGUUAGAACUUGUAAAUAUGAACUUUUCCAACAGUCCAGAUGCAUUUCUCUAUCGGAAAUUAAUAAACCCAGUUCAUCAGUCUUUGAACUCGAACCGCUUGUCAUCCAGUUUCACACCCAUUAGCAUUAUAUUUGAUAGUGAAUCCGAAUUUAUCGAACAUGUUGAGGACAAAAAAGAUAGCGUGUGGCUUUUAGCUGUGGCUUCUCCACGAUCAGUUGAAAAUGGGGACAGAAUUCCAUCCAAAAUUAAACCCACAUCAGUUGUUAGUGAAGAAGUUUGGGCUGUUUUAAAUCAUCGAUAUCAGUCAUUCGGUUUCAAAAUGGGUCUACUGAACUGCAAAAAGCUCCAUAGCCUGUGUAUCGACCGUGGUUUCAUUAAUCCAGACCUUAUUCUUGCCUUACCCAAGGGUGGUGAACGUAUGAAAGAUAUGGUACAAUUCCGGCCCUUACCGAAAGAACCAAAAUCUAAGAUAAAUGCGGAUAAAAAAUCAAUGGUUUCAUCAAACAGCAUUUACUGUCUAAUGCUGAAAUAUAAAAAGACUAAUAGUAAUAACAAUAUGCCUAGAAGUUCAUAUUCUCGACGUCUUAAUCGACUGGAUCCUGUCUUAGUUCGAGAACGCCUUAAUCAAAUAUCACCUGAUCAACUGUGGAAUGAAUUAUCUCGUUUAAUUAUCCAGUCGGAUAUUGAAUUAAAAUCCGGUUCAGCAGAUUCUACAACAUCAAGUACAUUAGAAUCAGAUCACCAUCAUCGUCACUAUGAUCUUCAAAUGUGUAACGAUGAAACCAAGUCUGUCGGUAAACAAAUUCCAUUAACUGUCGAAACAUUAAAACAAGUGGCAAAUAAUCCUGAAGAAAACAUGGAAGUUGUAGAAGGUAAUCGUUUAUUACGUAGAUUACGCAGGCUUUAUCACAUUCUUAGCCAACAAACAAGUCAUUUAACAUCGACUUCAAUGGAUCCAGUUGCUUCCUUCACAUCAUUAGAUUCAUAUUAUCAAGGGGGUAGAGAAAAUGAGGAAUCAAAUCGCAUCACUGCAGCACAUAUGUAUACUUGGAAUUGUUUAAGUUCACUUGACAACAGCAAUAAUAAUAUCAAGUCUCGUUCUGGUGUAAAUCCCGACCGAAGGUAUCGAAAUCGUCGUCGUUCAGGUGUAUUACAUCCGACGACUACUUCCUCACAAUCAGAUUUAGAUAGUACUGAUCAUGAAGCAUAUCAAACCAGUCGUUUCGCUCAUUCGCGUAAAACUCAAUGUAACACUUUAAUGUCAGGUGGUUGUAUAUCACCUACUUCUUCUACAUCAUCUGUGUCAUCUAAUGAUGUCAACUGUAUGAUUUCUUCAAAUGAUUGGCCUUCUUGGGUUGUACCAUGUAAAGAGUGCGUUGUAUGUUGGCAAAAAUUUCGUUCAGGUGUAAGACUUAGUGCACUACCAUGCGGCCAUGGGUUUCAUGAACAUUGUAUUCGAAAAUGGUUAGAUACUGGCGCAUUCGAUUGUCCAGUAUGCCGUUGGCCAGCGUAUGCACCUCAUUUACGUCAACAGUGUCAAAUGAUUGAACAAUUAAUUAGUGCUGUACAAAAGACUGUCAAUUUCGCAAAGCAUUCUAAAAAAUAG